GCUCAAAGCCAUAUUAUGUAGUGUUGCGUACGAAUAAAUUUGCUCAAAAACAGCUGAGUGUUGUCAAUUCAGUCGUAGCAUCAGCGGUAUAUGCUAAUGCCAUGGUAGACGAGAGUUGUCUAGGCAGUAGGAUGCCUACAAGUCCUAGUGCAAGUAACGACAAAAGAGGUGACGCCCUUCAAUCGAAAAGCGUGCAAGACUUCUUCUUCACGAUUGGACAGCAGGUGCAGCAGCAGAACGCCGAGUUCGCCUCGCUCAAAGAGAGCUCAAGCUUCACCGCUCCAGCUUUGACAGGUCUGGCACGUCAGUGACCUGCAUGGUUGAAUCGGACAUUGCGAGGCAGGCACACUGCACCUGCGAUGGCAUCUCGGCCAAGGAUGCUAUGGGCGGCAUCAUGUAUGGACAGUGGCGGAGUGCAUGGCGCUGUGGAGGGUUAGCACAUAGUCAUGACAUUCACGACAUCUCCGUUGAAAGCUUGCAUUUGCAUUCACAAGGGUUGACAUCUGCUAUAGCAUAAAAUGUGUGUUUUUUCCUCUCUGAUACAUGCCCGCUCCGUGAGCGUCAGAAAAA